GAUGCUCGUUACAUUCAGCUCCAAAACAAACCCUACAUCGUCGUCUUCCAUUAAACCCUCUCUGAUGAUUUCUCUCUCUCUGUCUCCACCUCUCGUUUAAACCCCACUUUCCCAUCGUCUGAUGCAUUUGUACAGUAAGUACAGAAAAAAACAAGAAGCUUUAUCUACUUCUCUGCACUGGUUUAGAGCGAUUUCUGUGAUUUUCACCCAAUAAAAGAAGCGAUCUUUAAUGGUGGGUGGAUGGAUGUGUGAAAUAUGAGGGAGAGUGAUGGAUUCAGAGCGGGCCCACCACAACAACAGUAGUGGCAGUAGUACCGGCGAGCUCUUCAUCUGCUUCACUUCGCGUUUUUCUUCGUCUUCUUCUACUUCGUCGUCAAUGAAGAUCUCCUCAAAGUCCAUCCUUAGUCCGGGCCGUACGGACAAGCUCAGGGAGCCUCAAAUCUCGCUGUCUUCGUCGCUGAGCAGGAGGCUGAGGAGCAACGGGAGCAUGAAGGGGGGCCAGUCUUCGCCUAUGUUUCCCGCAGCGGGGAAGAAGAGGGGGUGUGCGUUUGAGAAUCCGGAGCCGUCUUCGCCGAAGGUGACCUGCAUUGGGCAGGUGAGAGUGAAGACGAAGAAGCAGGGGAAGAAGAUGAGAUCGAGGUCGAAGCGAAGAGGGGAGGUGAGUUUUAGGAAGUUAGACCACACGGCUGAAGGGGGGGUUGUUCAUCAAGGUCAUGGUCAUCAUCUUCAGACGCAGCAGGAGUGUUUGCCGCAUAGGAACCAGAGGUGGGUUCAUCUGCCAUUAACGAUCUGUGAAGCUUUGAGGGCUUUUGGGGCGGAGUUCAACUGCUUCCUUCCGUGUCGCUCCUCGUGCACAUCUGGGGAGAGAGAGAAGGAGGAGAAGGGAACUGGGGAGAGUGGCUGCGGCGGCGGCGGCGGCGGAGGCGCGAGUACGAGUUCUUGUGGGGCUGUGUUCGCGAGGUGGUUGGUGGCUUUGCAGGAAGGCGAAAAGGGGAGAGAGAUUGAGCUGGUGGUGGGAGAGGACGAGAGAGCAAUGGAGGGGUUUCAAAGGAGGCAUGUGCUGGACGACAUUGAGAUCAAGUUAGAGGAGGGUGAAGUGAAAGACGAGGCUGUGGGCGGAGAAGAAGCGAGGGUAAGCAUCUGUAUUCCGCCGAAGAAUGCUUUGUUGUUGAUGAGAUGCAGAUCUGAUCCUAUGAGAAUGGCGGCUCUCGCCAAUAGGUUUUGGGAGUCACCCCUUCCGAAGGAAGAAGAAGACGACAACGAAGAUGAAGAUGAAGAUCAAGAAGAUGAAUACGAGAGAAACGAGCACCAACAAGUAGAUUUGUAUGCUGAUGCAGUAGAGGAACAGGAAGGAGAGGAGGAAGAGGAAGGUGGGGAUGCACAAACGAAAGUUGAACUAGAAACAGCGCCACUACAACUUGAUGAAGUGCUUGAAAAGUGUGUAUCAGUUGAGAAGAUUGAAGAAGAAAACAGUACUGUUUCAGAAGAGAAAGCUACUUUGGUAACCGAGGAGGAAGAAGAGAAACAAGAUUACCAAGGGGACACACCGGAAAGAAACCCAGAAAUAAUUGAGCUUCAGGAAGAAAAUCAAGAAAAGGAAGAGGAAGAAGAAGCCGAAGAAGAAGCACAAGGGCAGGAAGAAGAAGCGGAAGAAAUGGUGUCAAUUGGGUCUUCUUCUCACCCUCUUGUGGAUUCUGAAACUCUUGAAAACGAAGAGAUUGAACCAACCCAGUUGCUUGAGGACCACGAAGAACAGGAAGAAGAAGAAGACCCAGCAUUUCCUCUAGACAGAAGACCCAGCAUUUCGUCACCUCCACCUCCGGUGCCCGUACAUUCAGAACCAGAAAGCAGAGAAGAUACAGCAGCAGAAGCUUUAGCAGAAGAAGACGAAGAAGAAGGAGCAACGGUCGAAGAAAAGGAAUCAGAGAAGUCAAUGGUCUCAGAAGUCGAAGAAGAAGGGACAGCGACCCAUGCGCGACCCGACCCGGAACAAGACCAAAAGGCACGGGAGCCCCUCAAAGAUGAAGGCGGUCUAAAGUCAAACGAGAGAGAAACACAACCAAAUCUAAAAGGAGAAACCACCGCCACAACAGGUGCCGGCGCCGCCGUCUUGCCGGACUGUUUGCUGCUGAUGAUGUGCGAGCCGAAGCUCUCAAUGGAGGUCUCCAAAGAAACGUGGGUGAACAGUGCGGACUUCAUCAGAUGGCACCCAGAAAAGCUGGUCAAACCAAACAACGGCCAAGAUCAACCCAAGACCCGCCUCAGCACCGACUCUAAUCCUACUCAGCAGCAGCUCCACCAGCCCCCUCGCUCCUCCUGCUCCUUCCCAGCCGCUGCCGCCGCCGGCGCCUCCAUGGCGACCAUGAUAGAGCAGAAGUUCGUGAACGCCGCGGCUUACGAGCCCUUCGUGCUCACUCGCUGCAAGUCGGAGCCCAUGAGGUCGUCGGCUAAGCUCGCCUCCGAUGCCUGUUUCUGGAAGAACCCUAAGCUGGAGCCGCAUCGCCCCAGAGUCGGCGCGGCUGGAGUGGGGUUUUAAGCCGCAUAGGGUUGUGUGUAGUUUUGCAGAAAAGGAUUUUACUACUCUGUCACGUAUGUAAAUUUUUAUUUAAUUAAUGAUUUAUAUUCUUUGUUA